AUGAAUGAAGAAAAUAUAAAAGAAAAAUUAAAAAUUUCUAUAAAUCAUUUAAACAAAAGAAAACUAAAAUUUGACAUAAAGAACUUUCCUAUAGAAAAAACAGUUUAUGAAAUUUUUAAUAUAUUUUCAAAAAAUCUAAAAAACAAAUUAAAAGAAACAUUACUAGAAUUAAAAAAGAGAAAAAGGAAUUGUGAUAUAUGUUCACAGAAUUUAGAUACUUGUUAUCCUUCUCUUUUGUAUGAUAUAGAUAUAAAUAAUACAACAUUUUAUUUUAUUAAAAUAGAAAUUUAUUGUAUUAAAUGCUACAACAUAAAGAAUUUUUCUAUAUUUUCAAAUAAAUUAUAUAAAAGUAUAAAUUCAAGUAGUUUUUUAAAUUUUUCUCACAUUUAUGAACAUUAUUACAAUGUUAAUAACUUAGAAAUAGAACAAAAAUAUAUUCUUGAAAAUGAUAUAAAUAAUUAUUUUAUAAUAUCUAUAUUAGCAAAGAAUUUAAGAUGGAAAUGUUCAACAUCUCACAAAACUUUUGAGGAAUUUUUAGAAUAUUCUUUAAAUGAUUAUAAACAGAAGCAAAAUACAAAUAAUACAAGAAUGUUAAAAAAAAAAAAAAGGGAAACAUUAAAAAUUAUUCCCAAUAAUAGAAAAAAGAAAAAGUUAAAUUACAAAUAA